AUGGCCACCCUUAAAGUUCCAUCUCAGACUCCCCCUGCAAUCGAAAAUGCUGAUCAACUCCGAGAGGCUUUUGAAGGUCGAUUGGGUGUAUGCUGUACGGACAUAGAACAAAUUAUGCCGGUGGAGCCGUCACAAGAAGAAAGUUACUUAGCCCGCAGAGCUGUGGGAAGGGAUCGACUCACUGAUUAUAACUAUGAUAAAUCACUAGGAUCUUGUUCCCUUAUAGACAUUCCCGAAGUUGAGCAGCCCGAGCGACCACGAGAAAGAAUUUACCCUGGCUCAAUAGCUUUUGAAACGAAGCAAACGAUCAUCAGUGACAUUCUUGUAAAAGUCUUGUCUAUUAUAAUUAUUAUAAGAGAUAAAAUCCCUUACCCACGUGGAGUUUUCUGGAAUUGGACUUUUCUGAUAUUGUGUGUGAUUGCAAUAUUCUUGGAUCCUUUGUUUUUGUACAUUCCUGUGAUCAAUGAUGAGAAAAAAUGCCUUGGAUUAGACAGGAAGUUGGGGAAAUUGGCUAUUGCUCUCCGUUCCUUUAUGGAUUUCUUUUAUUUGAUCUAUACAUUUUUCCAACUGCGUACUGAUUCUCCGGCUGCUUGUUUGCCAUAUCAACGACAACCAAGUUUCGAACUGUAUCAUAGAGCCCCCUCAAAUGGAAAGAAAUACUUGCGGCGUUUCUUUCCAGUUGACCUUCUUUCAAUUCUUCCACUUCCACAGGUGAUUAUUUUUACACCUAGGAAUGCAAUGAAGUUGUUGCAUUUCUUUGUUAUCUUCCACUACAUGCCGAGGUUAAUACGGAUCUACCCAUUAUUCAAAAAAGUUAAAAUGACUUUUUACGAAAUUGAUGAUGCUAUAUUCACCAAAGCUUCAUUCAAUCUUCUUCUUUACAUGCUGGCAAGUCAAGUAUUUGGAGCCUUGUGGUACUUUUUUGCUAUAGAAAGAGAGACUUCAUGCUGGAAGACAGCCUGCCUAAAUCAUGCUGGAUGCAUUCAUUCGCCUUUUUACUGUCAUGAUAAUUUAGGAGACUACACCUUUUUAAGCGAUUUGUGUCCUGUGAAAAUUUCAAAUACAACUCUCUUUAAUUUUGGAAUAUACCAGGAUGCUCUUCAAUCUGGUAUCGUAGAGGUGACAGAUUUUCCACUGAAGUUCUUACAUACCUUUCUAUGGGGCCUGCAAAGUCUCAGUUCUUUCGGUCAGAACCUCCAAACAAGUUCCUAUGUCUGGGAAAAGUCUUCGCGAUUUGGAUAUCUUAUCCGGCUUGGUGUUUUUCCUCUUUCUCCUGGGAAAUAUGAGGUGCCAAUUUUGGAAAAAUGGAAAACAAUUUCUGGAGGAAGUGUGCAACCUUCUAAAGCUGCAGCUGUACACAGGGAACGGGAUAGUGGGGAGAAUGAGCCAUUGAAGGAUGCACUUUGUCAUGGGAGGCAGCUAUUAAGCAUGCCUAGACACGAGAAUUUGUUCGUUAUGUCUACACUAUAA